AAUUUUUCGGGAUAUUAUGGGCAUGCGUGACUAUGGAAUUGACGAUUGAAAUCCGGAUACUUUUUCACGGACUUGAACAAGAAUGUAUCUACCGCCUAAAAUAUGUUUUCUUGGAAUAUACCUGAUGGUUUGGGAAAAUUUGCACACCUUUGUUACCAGUCAAACUACUCCCUACAACAUGACGGUGCAAGUGGGAUUCAUUCUAGACACUGCUGUCCCCAGUGAUAUCGAUGCGUGUAUUAAGAUUGCUCUGAAAAUUUCGAACACCAGCUGCAGUUGUUGUCUUGUGGGGGACGUUAUUACCCUUACCAACAAUAGUAGAAAGAUAUACCUCUCCGAUUCCAUUAUUCGGACAAACAUCAGUAAUAACUUUGAAGUGAAGCGAGCGGUUUGUGACCAACUCAGAGAGUCGCUGGCUAUUGUAUCCAUGGCAACGAAGGACUCAAUGGAGGUUGUGAACAGUUUCGGUCGUACCCUUGAGUUACCAUUUAUUGUGUCUACUGGACCUCGCAUUCAUCAUCGUGGAGACAAUUACAGUGUGUUUAUGACUCCAUCAUAUAUUCCAGCGGUGGUAGCUUAUAUACAAUACAACAACUGGCAUAAGGUCUACUAUAUGUAUGACAGCGAUGAAGGUCUUUGGAGGAUGGAAGAAUUGGCCACGCUACAAUGGAAACAGAACGGAAGUUUUCAGGUUUCCUACCAUAGAAUCUCAACUAACGACCAUAACGUAUAUUCUGAGCUAUACCACAUGGACAGAAUGGACCCCACGAUUAGUCAGAAAGUGUUCAUUCUGGAUUUGGGAUCAAAAGCUGCCACCACACGGCUGAUGAGAAUGAUGAUCGAUUCUGGAAUGAACAGAAAUGGAUACCAUAUCAUUAUUGGGGGCUUUAACAUUGAAGAGUAUGGGGAUUUCCUAAAAGAACGGUUUCUGCAUGGCGGUGUUAAUAUAACCGGGUUCAAGUUCUUAGCAGAGACGCCUAUUGAUGAAGAGGCGUUUAUCGAAGAGCUUGGGGGCAAGAAUAAAAACAUAUCUAGCAAUUACACCAUAUCGGUGGAGGCGGCCUUAUUCAUAGAUAGCGUGGCCCUGUUGUCGUCGGCCCUUCAUAGCAUUGGGGAUUAUUUAAAAACAAGGCGUGGAACCAUCAGAAGAUGUAAAUAUUGUGAUACAGCGCUUUCUGGAAAUCCCUGCGCCGACAAUACUAGUCAUCUGCUUCUUCAGCAACUUAAAAAGACAAAAUUGGAAGGACUUUCUGGCCGCAUUCGUUUUAAUAAGAGGGGAUAUAGAACGAAUUAUGGACUCCGACUUUUCGGUUUUAGUUUUAGAUCACAUUUAAAAGAGAUUGGAAAAUGGACGACGGAAACAGGAAUUCAUCUCGAAAAUAAUCACUCAAGUCUUGGAGAGGAGCGUCCAUUGGUCAUUGCCACGGUUAUAGGAAAACCAUUUUUCUACAAAACUCCCAAUGGUACAACAGAAGGAUAUAUUGUUGAUCUUAUAAGACUUCUGAACGAGUCGAAUGUGUUCAGAAAACCGUUUGUAAUCCAGACACAGACAAACAAAUCGUUCAGCAAUCUAAUUAAAAAGCUUGUUGAUAACGAGGCGGAUCUAGCGUUUGCUCCAAUAACAAUAACAAAGGAAAGACAGAAGGUUGUUGAUUUUACCAAACCUUUUAUGCGAACAGGUUUGAGUCUAAUGAUCUAUAAGCCAGAAAAAAGAAAACCUGGAAUGUUCUCCUUUAAAGAACCCCUCCACAAAAAUGUUUGGCUGUGUAUCGCCAUUGGUUUCCUCACGACCAGUGUGAUUCUCUUCCUGAUUGGACGAUUUAGUCCAUUUGAAUGGUCCCAAAAUUCUGAGGAGGGACCAUCCAGUGAUUUCAACCUGGCGAAUUCUCUUUGGAGCUCACUUGGAGCCCUUAUGCAACAGGGAUCGGAUAUAUCACCAAGGUCUUUUUCUGGACGGUGUGCCGAAAGUGCUUGGUGGUUUUUUACUCUGAUUUUAGUGGCAUCCUACACGGCAAAUCUGGCAGCCUUCCUUACCGUAGAAAGCAUGGAUUUUAAAAUAAGAAGCGUUGAUGACCUCGUGAAACAAACUAAGGUUAAAUACGGAACUGUUAGAGGGGGUUCUUCUCAAGAAUUUUUCGAGGAUUCAAGAGUUUUAACAUAUCAAAACAUGUGGACUGUAAUGUCUCUUUACACUAAGGAUAUCAAUGAUAAUGAGGAAGGAUGGAGGAAGGUAAUCGAGGAAAAGGGGAAGUUUGCCUUCAUUUUAGAAGGAGUAUUUAAUGAUUAUCUUAGUCAGCAAAAACCGUGUAAAACUAUGCCGACCGGGGGACUCAUAAAUAGCAUCAACUAUGGAAUCGCAUUCAACAAAAAGCACAGAAAAGGAUUAGGAAGGAGAUUAAAUUUGGAGGUUCUGAGGCUGGGGGAGCUUGGUCAGCUUCUGAAGCUAGAGACCAGGUGGUGGGUAGAGAAAGGGCGAUGUGGAACAGGAACAGCGGAUGGAGGGAAAAAGAGAUCACUGACCCUCAGUAACGUGUCGGGGAUGUUUCACAUUCUGAUUGGUGGUUUAAUUAUAGCAAUGAUGACGACAGUCAUUGAGUACCUUAUUCACAAUCGAAUCAGAAAGCAGUGCUACAAAGUAAAGGCGAAAACAUUAUUGGAGGAACUUGGAAAGAAAAUAAAUGGUAAGAAAGAAACACAUGCUGUCGACAACAUUUACUCCGGGGAAGACACGCCAUUGCGUCCCAAUCAGCAAUCGGGACCACAAGAAAAUAAGGGCUAUCAGACGACGUCACCGGGCAAGCUGAUAAUAGUGGAUACCUACGAAAACAACGAGGAGGCUAUCGUGACGGGCACGGCCAUUUGAGAACCCGUCAUCUGUUGGAGAUGUCCUUGGCUGUAAUGUUCUUCACUCCAAAAGAUUGGAUGACGGUGAUACCUGAAAAAUGUAAAAGAAUUCAAAUUCUUCAAUACAUGGAUUUGCAGGCUAAGGAAUUUAAGGGGAAAUUUAACACUUAUUGCAGUAUUGCAGCUUCUUCAGCAUUCCUCUACUGUAUUGAUUUGUUUGUUUGUUUGUUGUUUUUUUUUUUACCUUUGUUAUAUUUAAAGGUUUAUUUGAUGUACAUGAUAUAUAUAACUUAUUAUGAAACAAAAAACUCUUUUAUUAUUUAUCCAUACUGUAUGGCUGUGUAUGCUACUGUUUUUAUA